CGCGGACGGCUUCGCGGGCGCGGAUCGGCGGGACCCGGGCGCCCGCGAGGAGGUCGGCGCAGCCCGGUCCCACCCCGAGCGCGGGAGCCGGCGGAGCAGAUCAGCGCGUCCCUAUCGGCAGGCAAAGUGCUUGAAGAGCUCACCACACGCACAUUUACGGUUCUCAUUAAAGAAGCCUCACGUAAGAAAGAAAACUACUCUCUCUUGACUCAAGAUGGCUCCAAAGCCCCUCCCUUUGACUGGGUAUUUAAACUGCAAGAAAGAUAUCCUUGACCUCAUCUGAAGAUGACUGAUGAUUGAUGGACACCUGAUACCCUGCUGCCUUUGCUUGGAAACUGAGUUUUGUUGUACUGAUUUAACCACCCUCAAUGUUUGCUGAUGCUAGCAUGACAAAAGAAUGCUGAUUCUGUCCCUGUUGACCCCUGUGUGAAACUGACUUUUCAUAUACUGUGCAUUCUUUGACCUUCCAUAAAGAUGUCUGAACCUGACUCUUCAUCUGUAUUCUCUGGGAGUAUGGAGAAUGGAACUUUCCUCGAGCUAUUUCCCACAUCCCUGUCCACAUCGGUGGACCCGUCCUCAGGCCACCUGUCAAAUGUCUAUAUCUAUGUGUCCAUAUUCCUCAGCCUGUUAGCCUUCCUGCUUCUACUUUUAAUCAUUGCCCUCCAGAGGCUCAAAAAUAUCAUCUCCUCCAGUUCCUCCUACCCGGAGUAUCCAAGCGACGCUGGAAGUUCUUUCACCAACUUGGAAGUCUGCAGUAUUUCCUCGCAAAGGUCCACUUUUUCAAACCUUUCCUCCUGAAGAAAAUGUAAGAAUCCUUCAAUGCUGCGGCCCUCGGGGAGUUUUCCCUUGGAAAGUGUCGCAUGAAGUAGGUGCCUCAGGAAAGAAACGCCCAUUUUGUUCUUUUCCACCGAUUAGACCCAGUUCUCCUUCUCCUUCAGCCCUGAUUUCUUUUCCUGUUCAUGAUGCUUUUCAUCGUGAAUGUCAGAGUUGAUGCUGACAGAAAUGCAUGCAAGGUGCAGAAUUUCACCCAGACUUCUUGGUGAAUCUGGGGCUGGCUUCUUCUCAGUGGGUCAGGUCACCCUGUUGGACACCCGAGGCAGAACUCACCUGAGGCGGCCUCGCAGAAGAUGCUGGAUCAGGGCUCUGCACUUGGCUUCUCUUACAAAACCGUAAAAUCAACGGAGUCAGCAGAAACUGGCUAAGUGAAGUCUGAGCAAUGUGGAAGAUAUUAUCCAUAUUUAAAAGAUAAAGUGGAAACACCAAUUUAAAAAAAAAAAGUCAAUUUAGAUUUCAUGUGUAACAUCUCUAAAACCGGGGGCAAAAAUAUUUUAAAUGUUUUCUAAAUCACAUUUAUUGAUGAAUUAAGUCAUAUGUGGAAAAGUUCUGGAAGACUUUAACUUUUAAUGGCAAGACAAAUAUGUGUUAUAAUGCCAUUUGUAAUGUAUUUCUGCCUCUUGGGUUUUUACCUACUUAUGUUAUAGUCAUAAUGCCCCUACAUGGUGGAAUUCUUUGUGAUAAUUGCUGUUGCUAUUACUAAGAGAAGCGCCAGAACAGACGCCAGGCCGUUUAUUUUAUAUCUGUAAUUCCCAUCAAUGGAAUCACACAUAUGGAAAAUACUCAUUUAGUUGUAUUUUGUACAGUAAUAACUCCUCGCAGUUGUGUAUGUUCCUUUAUUCAGUUUCACAGUCUUUAUAAGUUUAGUGCAGAAUUAUAGUAAGACUCCGAGAUAUCAGAUGUUUGUUCACUCACAUUAGGUUGCAAAACUUAGAAGACUCAAUAGCUAAUAUCCAUGUUAUUAUAUACUCCAUGAAUGUUACAGGUCUCUGAUAACUUGUUGUUGUGUGUUAACAUAAUACUCUACAUUAGGAUUCCAGGAUGUGGAUUUAUGUUUAAAAUUGUAAACACUCACGUUGGGUAGCUGCUGGGAGCUUAGUGAUCCUGGGGCUGCCAUACUGUGGUCAGCCAAGCACACCUGAACUCGGGCUUUGUCCAUGAAAUGAGCCACAUGCAUGAACACAGACAUGGAAUAUGUAGGGAAUCAAGCUGCCCCUAAAAACCCAACAAAGCAAGCAAACUGUGGCUUCUUAAGAGUAAGAAUUUUAAUUUAAUUUUUAAAAUAAAUGGUCCACGGCAUAAACACUGAAUGUAUUCAGCCUACGAAGCCCACUGCAUCAACAUGCCCCUGUCUGCCCAUGGCAACUGGAUCCUUCUUGUCCAAAGCAUUUACUAAUCUUAAGUGGUGGGCCUUCAACCCACCCUUUGGCUUGGUUGUGUGGCAUCUCCAUCCAGAACUGGGAUGGGAUAAAGAAUCCACCAUUUCCACAGGGUCUAUCUUUGUCAUUCUAAAAUGCUGAGAGAAAUGCGGAUCGGUAAGUGAGGAUCAGAAGGUUUUUUUUUUUUUUAAAUCCAUAAGCCUCACUUAAAUCAGACCACAUUGAAAGGUUUAUAUAUAUCAAAAAUGUCCUCAAACACCAUAAGACCUGCACAGAGUUGCUGCCCUAAAAUGUAUAAUUAGUGAAAAUUUUGCCUUUGCUGUCAUUUAAAGCAUGGCAGUGUGUUAGAAUGUUAUUAUGUAGUAUAAAUGCUGGACUAGAAAAACUCUGCUAUUUUAGACCAUUAUAGCAUUCUGUGUGUGUAUGUGUGUGUGUGUGUGUGUGUGCGUGUGUGUGUCUGUACACAACACAUUCUCAGAAUAUAUAAUAUAUAUAUUCACACACUCCCAAUUAAGAGUUGUGUGAAAGCUGCACAGGAUUACAGAGGCAUCUAUAUUACACUUUUGCUCUUUGAUUAAUCUUGUGCUAUUUUGGUUACCAAGGAAGAAAGGACUUGGAUGAACUGAUUUUAAAAAAUAAAGGAGCAAAUUUGCCACACAACAGUACAAUCUUAGUAUGAUCUGUUCUAAGGGGUAACUUUAUACUCUUUCCUUCUGGAAGAGAUUUAAAGGCUUCUAAAAGUAAAACUAACUUUUUUUUAAAAUUUGCAGUCACACCCCCCUCCCCCUCCCCCUGCCAUGAUGUUUCUAGCUCUCAAGGUUAAUUAGAGUGAUUGGAAGCAACAUUCAAAGAUGUAAAAUAGGAUUUGUCAUUCCCAGCUUGUCAGGAUAACAGAUUGUACAACUUGAGAUGAAUUUGUGUUAAGAAGUUCAGAAAGGUUGGAAGACUGGUUUAUAAAUAAAGAAAUCAAGCCCACUGA